AUGUCGGUCCCUACCGGCGAAACGAUUCCCAUUGUCGUCGAGUUCUCAGGCGGCCUUGAAAUGUUGUUCGCCGACCAGAAGCGGCUCGACGUGCAGCUGCCCGUACUUGACACCCAGGGCCAGCCCGCCACGGUCGGCUUCCUCAUCUCGCACCUCUGCGCGACGGCCAUGUCGGACGGCCGCAAGGACCUGUUUGUUCUCGAGGCAGACCACCUGCGGCCGGGCAUCUUGGUGCUCAUCAAUGAUGCCGACUGGGAACUGGAGGGCGAGGAAGCCUACGAGGUCCAGCGCGGCGACAACAUUCUGUUUGUGUCCACGUUGCACGGUGGCUAA